AUGUUCACCAAAAUCGGGACAACUUCGUCACGGAUCCUGCGUUCAUGGUUUUACCAAUAUCGACUCUGCCUUGCCUUGGAAGUUUGCGAGCCGUGGGAACAAACAAUUAUAUAUAUUCUCACCGGUCUACUAUUUGCACUUAUCUGUUUCGCAGCCUUUCUAUUUGUUCCAGAUCAGUUUACAGCAUUACGCAAAGCUAUCAUAAACAUAUCUGCUGCAUUCGCGAACAUUGGGGAUGAAAUCCUCCAAAAUGAU